CUUUUUCAAGGAGAGUCAAGCCCCACUCGCCGAGAGGCUGUGAAGAGAUGGACAGCAGAGUAUCUCAUGCGCGCAGAAAGCGUCUCCAGCCUCCAUUGCAAGCCUCAGCCUGAGGACGCAUCUCAGCCUCUAGGAUCACUAAGUUCAAGGCCCUCUUGGAACCUAAGGAGCCCUGCCGAGGUGCUGAAGGCCUUCAGAGUCCUUGGGGUGAUUGACAAGGUUUUACUUGUAAUGGACACAAGGACAGAACAGACAUUCAUUUUAAAACGUCUAAGGAGAAGCAGUGAGUUCAGCAGGAGCCGGAAGACCAUCAUCCCCCGCUGCGUGCCCAACAUGGUGUGUCUGCACAAGUACAUCAUCUCCGAGGAGUCGGUGUUCCUCGUGCUGCAGCUGGCCGAAGGUGGCAAACUCUGGUCCUAUAUCAGUAAAUUCCUAAACAGAUGUUCUGAAGAAAGCUUUGACAUCAAGGAAAUGAAGAAGUCCGCACCUGGUAACGUUGCUCCCCCACAGCCAUCUUGUGGGCCUCAGGAUGGCAGUGGUUCUGAAUCCAGAGGGAGCGAUGGAGGGAGCGUGCCCAGAGUUCUACCUUUGAAGACUAGCCUCACUUCAAGUUCUCAAGAGGACAGCAACCAGGAGGAUGAAGGCCAAGACAGCUUUCCAAGAUGGCCUGACUCUGGCUCCAGCUCUGAAGAGGAGUGCACCACUAGCUAUUUAACACUAUGCAAUGAAUAUGGGCGGGAAAAGAUCGACCCAGGGUCCUUGAAUGAAGAGCCAUUCAUGAAGCCUGAAGGGGGUGAUGUUGGUCCUGGAGUUGUUGAGCAUUUCCCAAUAGCCCUUGCUGCUGACAGUGACAGCCUUAGCACACAAGUGAAAUUCUUUCCCGGAGAUGACCCAGAAGCAGUUCGUUGUCUAGGAACCUCUGAUUCCCUUACUCGGUCGAAAAACAGUCCCAUGGAAUUCUUUAGGAUAGACAGUAAGGACAGCGCCAGUGAACUUCUGGGGCUUGAUUUGGGAGAAAAGCUGUGCAGUCUAAAGUCAGAGCCUUUGAAGCCAUUCUUUCUGCUUGAAGAUGGAGACAGCCCUUGCAGGAGUUUUGAUACCAGUGAAAGCAAGGGAGAAUCUGAAGCUCAGGACACCAUUAGCAGGGGCUCAGAUGACUCAGUCCCAGUUAUUUCAUUUAAAGAUGCUGCGUUUGAGGAUGUGGGUGGUGCUGAAGAAGGCAGGCCUGAUCUUCUGGUAAAUCUACCUGGUGAAUUGGAGGCAACAGAAGAAGCUUCAGCAGUGGGACCCACCACCUUUUCACAGACCAUUGCAGGCAGAAUAGAAAGUAAACUGUUGGAAGCCCCCGACGUGCUAUGCCUCAGGCUGAGCCCUGAACCAUGCCAGGCCCCAGAGGAGCCGAGUGACUCUCUGGGGCCCCAGUGCUGUGGCAUCCAGAGGCGCCAUGAGCAGGAGGAUCUUGGAGUGUUAUUCCAGGCAGCUGCUGAUCAUAGUGGCUCAGGAGGCACAUCUUUGCUCUGCAGCUCUGGUCCUGAGUUUCAAGGACUUGGAGCAAUGGGGAUGGCAGUAACUGCAGAUGAUGCAGGGGAGAGCUUAUUUCGUAUUUCUAGUCGGCUCUCAGGGGCUGAUGAACACGGCACAAGCAUGGACACUCCCCACGUGGAGGAAGUGCUUCUGCCCACAGGUCACAUGGAUGAUCUGGCUAGAGGCACUCCGGCUUCUUUAUUCCAGAGAGACUCUGAGACGAAGGAACAAAGUGGGUUAGCAGUAGCAGGAGACAAGGAAAUCCAUCAGAUUUUUGAGGACCUUGAUAAAAAAUUAGCACUAAGCUCCAGGUUUUACAUCCCAGAGGGCUGCAUUCAAAGAUGGGCAGCUGAGAUGGUAGUAGCCCUUGAUGCUUUGCAUAGAGAGGGGAUUGUGUGCCGCGAUUUGAACCCAAACAACAUCUUAUUGAAUGAUAGAGGACACAUUCAGCUAACGUAUUUUAGCAGGUGGAGUGAGGUUGAAGAUUCCUGUGACAGUGACGCCAUGGCAAGAAUGUACUGUGCCCCAGAGGUUGGAGCAAUCACAGAAGAAACUGAAGCCUGUGAUUGGUGGAGUUUGGGCGCUGUCCUCUUUGAACUUCUCACUGGCAAGACUUUGGUUGAGUGCCAUCCAGCAGGAAUAAAUACACACACUACUUUGAACAUGCCAGAAUGUGUUUCUGAAGAGGCUCGCUCACUCAUUCAACAGCUCUUGCAGUUCAACCCCCUGGAACGCCUGGGUGCUGGAGUGGCCGGAGUUGAAGAUAUCAAAUCUCAUCCAUUUUUCACCCCAGUGGAUUGGGCAGAAUUGACAAGGUGAAGACCACGUGGCGUGGUAACAGCUCACAUACGCAGAUCUCCUGUAAUCAGCAUUUCUGGCAGAAGGGUCGUGGCCUCCUUUACAGUGUGCCGCAGCCAGAGAACAAGGACUUUGGAGGGAAUGAGGAGGCUAAAAGAUCUGUCCACAGUUACUGUCUGGACAAGACAUUAGCUCGUGUUGCUAGCAGCUGUUAUAUCUAUACCUUUACCAAGGUGUGACUGAAUUUACAUCUAGGGACACAGGUAUAUUGCAAACCCACCUGAAAUAGGACUGCCCUUCAAGAUGACCUCUGCUAGGAAGUGUCGAAGGAAGUUCCACUUGGGAGGAAGACUUUUCCAAGGCAGCUAACCAUGUUUCUGCUAACCCAGGCUGGUUGAUAUGAUCACUUUAUUGUUUGCCAAAUAACACUUAAAGUGAUUUGUGAACAGUGUCACCUACAGGUCGGCAAAAAGAGAAGUACAGAAUGCUUGGAAGGAACCCACGCCACGAGCACUUUUGAAUGGGACCCCGGUGGUGUGGGAGAGCACGCCGUGCUGCCUCCUGUAACCGCGGGCCACUGCUACCGCGGCUUGGCCGCCCUUCUUCCCGCCCUGCCUUUGUUG